AUGCUAGAAAAGUAUUUGCGCGUGUACUUCCAACGCGUCCUCUCGUGCAAAAGCGUGGUGAAUGCGAAGCUGCUCUCCUUCUUCACCGCGAUGGCCUGUUUCUUUCUCACCAUCCCGGCGGCACUAAUAGGAGCUGCGUCAAAAACCGCAAACUUCACAGCGGCAGGCUAUCCGGGGCCCGCAGUACUGGAUGACAGCGGCGCGGUUAUUGCGAGUGCAAUCCGCUACAUGACUCCAAACACCGUGUCCAUCCUCGGCUUGGCCGCCAUCACUUCGGCCGUCUUGUCGUCGGCGGACUCGUCCAUGCUCAGCGCCUCGACCAUGAUCACCCAGAACAUAUAUCGGACGACCUUAAGACCUAGGGCGACGGUGUUGGAGAUCGGCCUGGUGCUGCGACUGGCGAUCUGGAUUAUGGGCGCGGUAGCCACAGUCAUGGCACUCUACGUCAAUUCUGUCAGCGAUUUUUGGGCCCUGAGCUCGGACGCGGUGUACGUGCUGCUCUUUCCCCAGCUCGUCGGCGUAUUUUACGCACGAAAGCGGACAAACUCCUACGGCUCCUUCAUUGGUGAGUAA